AUGGUUUACAUCACAUUGCUUUCGGAGAGGAGGGGCGCAAUACAGAUUUAUGUUUGCUCCCGAAAAACGGAGGUGGUCCCUGAAACUCGUCAAGUGGUGGGCUGUGGGUCUCAGAGCGAGAAGUCGGAAACCGUUGUACACUACCUGUUGGACGAUGUGAUGGACCGGGAAGAAAACCAGCUUGGAGACUCGCUGGCACCAGACGUUGUGAUGCCUUCGACAACAGUGCGGGAAAGUGUGUUAGGCAUGGAAUACGAAAGCACUCAGUAUGAAGAAGCGGGAUUCGACUGUUAUCGUGCUUUAUCGUCGCCUAGAGGCUCGUCGGACUUCUCCACAUCAGUCGUCAACGACAUCAAGGAAGCCGUACUGACUGGACUUCGGGAUAUGGUCAAAGACAUUAACGGAAACGGACUCUUGGCCCAAGUAUCUGUGAACGAGGAAGGACGUAACCCUGGUGGAACCAGCACCGCGAUCGACACGGCGCAGUUGGUGUCUGAGCUCCCUGACGCAAAAUCAUGGCGAGACUACGUGACCCAAUACUGGACAUCAAAUCCUGAGCGCCAUCAGUAUCGAGCCGGUGUGAAUAUGCUCCCCCAUGAGCGCAAAAUACACCGCUCGCGCUUGUCCAGGAUGAAGAUCAUCGCUGAGUUUGUUCAGGCAAGGUUGAUGGGGAUAUGGAUCGCUUUGAAACCGAGUUUAGCUGUCUGA